UAUUAAAAUUUUAAAGUGAUAUUUUGUCUAACAAUAAAAAAAAUGUCAAAAUGACACUUUUUAUCAAACAAAUGAAAUAUGGAAAUAACUACUUGAAACGUUUUACCAUAUCUUGGACAGAAAAUGAAGUUUGUCAAACAAAAAUUACGUAAAUAUGUUACUCAACAUGGGUUACUUGAGAAAUCUUUAAAUCAGUUCCGUUGCAUGUUGUGUCUAAUCAGUUACGUACGUUAAUAAACCAUUUCUCAUUCUAUAAAUACGAAGUUUCUUCACACAGCCAAACCACACAAACAUCAAAGUGAAAAGAAGAAAGAAAAAGAAAGAGAUAAGACUGAUUAGAGAAAUGGAAAGCAAAUCAAGAGCUAUUGCCUCCUUAGUCCUAGUUGUAGUCUUAAGUGUUGCAGGUUUGAUGACUCCACCAGUUGUAGUAGCUCAUGAACAACCACCUCAGUCUCCUAUCAACAUAGAGAAAUGUUGGUCAUCUAUAUUUAACGUCAAUGGGUGCGUACUCGAGCUCUACAGAUCAGUAUUCUCCGGAAAAUUUGGCAAUGUUGGAGUCGCAUGUUGCAAAGCAUUUUCAACCAUUGAUGCUAACUGUUGGCCUCAUAUGUUUCCAUUGAACCCGUUCUUUCCACCUCUUAUCAAAGACAAUUGUGCACACAUUGUUCUAGAGUGAAGUAGAACAUCGUUUAGCUUUAGAAAACUUUGUAUUCAUGUUCCAAGUCUUAUGAAUGUCAAAUAAAAUAAAAUAAUUGUUUUCGUAGAAUCCAUUGAAGAUUGUGCUAAAUUAGUAACUCUAUUUUUUUCUCUUGGUCACGAAUAUAUAAAAAAUAUUACAUAUGAAGACUGAACGAUUUAUGUAUCUAUUUACUUGUCAUUUUUUUUUGCUAACAUAUCUAUGUACUUGUCUCUUGAACCAAAACGUGGGUUAACUAUAUAAAUAUAAAAGCUAAAUUCUUAAUAAUAAUUCAAGAAAGUGUUGUGUUGGUCUCUUUAAAUUGGAUUUCGUAGAAAACAGAAUGUAAACUAACACAUCAAUCACCAGGUAAACUAUGUUCUGGUACAUGUAAACAUGUCACGUAAAUGUCGAUGAGUAUUAAAAAAAAAACUAGUGUAAUUGUUCUUACAUAACCCCUCUUGUCACGGCCUGAAUCCUAUAAUCAAAGGUCAUACAGUCAUACGGACAGACUCAUGUGGUCUUUGGUUGUAUCCUUUUAGGCAUAUAAUGAAAGGAUUUGAUUAAAUGAAUCCAAGAGGUUGUGUAUAGUAUUUUAAGCUCAACGUACAUAAAUGUUUUAGUGACUGAUCACAUAAUUUAGGACUCAUAAAGACCAAGACAGAACUGUUGUCGUUUUUAGUGACUGAUCACAUAAAAAGAUAUUGCAUUGUUGAACUUAAGAGUAACUUUUCUUGAGGAGAAAGUUGUUGUCGCUGACCAACUCGAUUCCCAUGAAAUAUAUAAGCAAAAAUGGAAACAUAUUUCACAAAAUGUGGGUUUUAUGAAUAUAUCUCAUAUUAAUAUAUUUCUUUCAAAAACUGAAUCGAGCUAAAACCAAUGUACCGGAAUAAGGGUUUUCAAGUUGGUAUCAUAAACGAACCAAAUUUGAAGUUAUAGAAUGUAAGUGGGUCAAUUUUUUCAUAACUUUCACAUCUCCCGUUUCAAAAGUCAACAAGAACACACUUGAUGACUUACAGUUAAAACUCAAAUUAAUGUGGGAAUAUUUAAUACAUUUGAACCUGGAUCGUGAGUUACAGUUUGAAACCAAAUUUAUUAUUUAUAUGUUACACUUCUACUUAUUAAACAAAUUCUUACUUCCUGAUCUAUAAAUUCUAGGUUUCUUCCGAUAUUCAAAACCAUCUAAACAUCUAAAGUACAAACCAAAAAGAAAAAUAUCUAACUAUA